CCUGCGUCUGGAGAGUAUUUUUAAAGCACGUGAGAACACAUCACCGCUCGCGCUAAGCGCGUCACUUCCAAAGCUUCUAAAGCUAUUCACUUGUAUCGGGUUGCACGCGUGGUCUCGUCGGGUUUUUGAGAACGGUACAGACUGCACUCGUCUUUAUUUCGGAGUUACUGGAUCUUGGACUUUCGCUCGGGCGGAUAGAAAGACGGAUCUCCACCGGGAUCUCCUUCCACCACUACACCUGCAGCAUCCGAUUGACUCGAGUAGAACACAGAGGAGAGUCCUGUGGAGUCUGUUCUUCAUUCACCCAGCGAGAGACAACUGAGUUUAGACUCGGUUUAAACUCAUUUGAACACAUCUUCAGUAACUCUGACCAGCAGCAUGUGCCACAUUAAAAGGUUAUGAGUGCACUAACAGCUUGGUGAUCCACAUACUCAGGCAACCAAUGAGAGGAUGGCCAGAGAUCAUAUGAUCUACAGAAGAACCUAUCAGCCGGUGCUACUGAUUUUAUUGGGCGUACUCCAGCUGACGCAUACACAAACCCCUCCUCAGUUCACUCGGACACCCAUUGAUCAGACAGGUGUGCAGGGGGGUGUGGCCUCCUUCAUAUGCCAGGCCACAGGAGAUCCACAACCCAAAAUCUCAUGGAGUAGAAAAGGCAAAAAAGUAAUCAACCAGAGAUUUGAGGUGAUAGAGUUUGAGGAUGGCUCAGGGUCUGUGUUGCGAGUGCAGCCGCUGCGGACCCCCCGAGACGAGGCCAUGUAUGAAUGUGUUGCAUCUAACGAAGCGGGAGAUAUCAGCGCAUCCACUCGUCUAACUGUUCUACGCGAGGACCAGCUCCCCACUGGUUUCCCUUCAAUAGAUAUGGGUCCUCAGCUGAAGGUGGUGGAGCGUUCUCUCACCGCUACCAUGCUGUGUGCAGCCAGCGGAACACCUGACCCAGAGAUCACCUGGUUUAAAGAUUUCCUCCCUAUAGAUACACACACUCAUGGGCGGAUCAAACAACUACGCUCAGGUGCACUUCAGAUUGAUCAGAGUAAAGAAACUGAUCAGGGUAAAUACGAGUGUGUCGCAACCAACAGUGAAGGAACGCGCUACUCAACACCUGCUAACCUUUAUGUCAGAGUGCGUCGUAUCCCUCCUCGCUUCUCAGUGCCACCGAUGGAUUAUGAGAUCAUGCCAGGAGGCAGUGUGAAUAUCUCUUGUCAGGCAGUGGGCGUUCCCAUGCCAUAUGUCAAAUGGAUGCUGGGAGCCGAGGAUUUGACACCAGAAGAUGAUAUGCCUAUUGGGCGGAAUGUUCUGGAACUCACAGAUGUACGCCAGUCUGCCAACUAUACCUGUGUGGCCAUGUCUACACUGGGAGUUAUAGAAACUGUUGCCCAGAUCACAGUUAAAGCCCUUCCCAAUCCUCCAGGAACUCCAGUUGUAAUGGAGCGAUCUGCCACCAGCAUUACUCUCAUGUGGGACAGUGGGAAUCCACUUCCUGUUUCCUAUUAUAUCAUCCAAUAUCGCCCCACCUCCUCCAGCGAUGUCUUUAAAGAAAUUGAUGCCAUAGCAACAACUCGUUACAGUGUGGGUGGACUCAGCCCCUACUCACACUACCAUUUCCGGGUCAUGGCUGUGAAUUCUAUUGGCUCUGGCCCACCAAGCCCGACGGUCGAAGCCCGUACAGCCGAACAGGCACCUAGUUCCCCUCCUCGCCGUGUCAGAGGUCGUAUGUUGAGCGGUUCCACAGCAAUGGUGCAAUGGGAGGAGCCAGAGGAAGCCAAUGGUCAGGUGGUUGGAUACAGGGUAUAUUACACAUCGGAUCCAUCACUUCCUGUGAGCCAAUGGGACAAGGAAAUGGUUCGUGGGGCAAAUUUUUUGAACAUACGGGACCUGACACCCAACAAAACCUAUUAUAUUAGAGUGCUUGCCUUCACUGCCGUGGGAGAUGGACCUCUCUCCAGUGACCUGCACAUCAUCGCAAAGACAGGAGUCCCAUCCCAGCCCAUUGAACUGAAGGCAGAGUUGAAAUCAGAGACAAGUAUUCUUCUGUCGUGGAUCCCUCCAGCUCACAGUGGCACAGAUGCCAUCACUGGCUAUGAGCUCAUAUACAGGCUUGGAGACCAGCCAGAGCAGAAAUUAACAUUUGACCCAAGCUCCAGUUAUCUGUUGAAGAAUCUGAAGCCAUUUUCCACCUACAUAUUCCAACUAGCAGCACGUAGUAAACAUGGCCUGGGGGCAUUCACAAGUGAAAUCACUGUUCAGACUCCACAAACACAGUCCAUACCCCUUCCCCAGAAUGUCACAUGCAUAAGCCCCUCCUCCUCAAGUCUGUUGCUCAACUGGGCUCCACCCCUCAUUGACGACAAUGGAAUCAUAACCGGAUACUCCAUCCGCUAUGUGGCAGUGGAACGGGAAAAAGACCCCGUACAAAGGAUCAUGGACAUCCCAUCUAACUGUUUUCGAUACCGGAUAGAGGGACUAAAGAAAGGGACGUUGUACUCUGUUACUGUCGCUGCCCACACAGAUGCAGGCCAAGGGCCAGAGAGCCUGCCGGUAUUGGUUCGCACUGAGGAAGAUGUGCCCAGCGCACCUCCACGGGCUGUGGAUGUUGUGGUCUUAAAUGCCACCUCUGCCAGAGUGUCAUGGAAACCUCCAGUUGCUGAGCGACAGCAUGGAAAGAUUCGUGGUUACCAAGUGAUAUAUGUCAGGCACACAACAGGGGAGAGAACAGGCUCUCCCAGAAUCAAGGAACUCCAACUGAGAGACUCACAGCCACAGAAUGAUUCCAAACAAUAUGAGCUGAUUUUGUCUGAUUUGUGGCCGAACACUGAAUACUCUGUGGCUGUAGCUGCGUUCAACUCAAAAGGCGAUGGAGCAAAAAGCAAAGCUACCGCCAUCAGAACAAAACCCUCAUUGCCAGGUUUGCCCCUUCUUUCAGUGGCAUCAUCGGAGGAUGGCAAUGCCCUGCUGAACUGGCAGCCUCCUCCAGCCGGUUUGUCACCUGUGCUGGGCUACAGGCUCUCAUACGGCCAGGCCGAUCCAACCUCCGACUCCUUCAUGGUACUGGAGCUUGAUGCUGACAAACGCACCUACACCGUCUCGUCCCUGAGUGCUGGGGUGCUGUAUGUGUUCCGUCUCGCAGCCCGUAGCGUGUGGGGUUAUGGUUCAAGCUGUCAGGUCACACUUCUAACCCCAAGUGUGAUGGUAACAACCACAGAGGACACGGUUACCAUCCCAGGCACAACGGAAUGUCGCUUUGAGGUUGCAGAGAGGUCUCAAAAUGCAAGCAUUCCAGAAACCAUUCCGUCUUUGGCUAAUUUAACGGCUGAAAACAUUAACUCCACAUCUGUGAUUCUGAGAUGGGAGCGACCAGGAAGCAACGAGCAGAUCCAAGGUUACCGCGUGUGGUUUGCAGUCAGCUAUAGUAAUGGCACGGACAUUGCCAUGGAAUCUGAUGUUACUGAGCCCACUGUAGUUCUUAACGGCCUAAGGGCAGAUACUGAGUAUUUGGCGAGAGUGUGCCUGCUUAGCAAACAUGGGUCUGGGCCCUAUAGUCACCCAAUAUCCAUCAGAACACAAUCAACACAGGAAGUGUUUGCAGUGAACUUCAAAGUGAAAGCUGCUAUGAAGAACUCAGUGCUUCUGACUUGGGAGUCACGCACUGCCAGUAAUAAAGCACAAUCUCUCAUUAUCUCAUAUGGAGAUGGUGAGAGUUUGGAGGUGGAUGGGCGGCUCAGCCAGAAGUUGGUCACUAAGCUAAAGCCUCAUUCUGUCUAUACCUUCCUGUUAACCAGUAAAGCUGACAGUACUGGAGGCCUGCAGCACCGUGCGGGCGCCAUGACCGCUCCAAACCUGCUGACCAAGAAACCUCAGCUGCUGGACAAGACCAGCGCCCAGAGCAUUGCUACAUUGCAGCUGCCCACUGUCCAGGAACAGGCUAAUGUCAGGGGUUUCUACAUUGUGGUUGUUCCUCUUAAGAGGCAGCGAGGAGGAAACUUCCAGAAUUUAUGGAGUGAUCCAGAUGAGAUGAAUAUUGAUGAGCUGCUGAGGGAGAUUAAUGGCACCGGUCGCUCUGUGCGUUCGCGGAGGCAAGCAGAGGCAAAACCAUACAUCAGUGCUCAUUUCCAGAAUCUCCCUGCUGAGUUUAAACUAGGAGAUGGACGUGUGUAUGGAGUAUUCCUGAACCGACCCCUUCUUAAUGGACAGGAGUAUGUCUGCUUCGUACUGGCUAUUCUUGAACUGGGCCAGAAUACCGUGUAUUCCACGAGUCCAUUCUCUGAUGCCGUGCUAUUCUCUGACGUUGAGCCACAGCCAAUCGUAGACGAGGAGGAGGGGCUUCUAUGGGUGGUGGGGCCAGUGCUGGCCGUCAUCUUCAUCAUCAGCAUAGUCAUCCUCAUUCUUCUCUUUAAGAGCAAACCAGACAGGAAGCGGGCAGAGCUGGAGAGCACGAAGUGCAGUUUUCCCAGCAGCGGUAAAGCCAUGAAUUCCCAGCAUCCAUCUGACCCAGUGGAGCUACGUAGAAUCAACUUCCCAACGGCUGGCAUGACCAGCCACCCUCCAGUAUCCAUCUCAGAACUGCCAGGCCACAUAGAGAGGAUGAAAGCCAAUGACAACCUAAGGUUCUCUCAAGAGUAUGAGUCUAUUGAUCCAGGACAGCAGUUCUCAUGGGAACAUUCUAACCUUGAGAUUAACAAGCCAAAGAACAGAUACGCCAAUGUCAUCGCCUACGACCACACCAGAGUAUCACUCCCCAACAAUGACGGUGUUCCUGGUGGUGACUACAUCAAUGCCAACUUCAUAGAUGGGUACCGCAGACAGGGUGCAUACAUCGCCACCCAGGGCCCCAUGCCAGACUCGUUCAGUGACUUCUGGAGGAUGGUCUGGGAGCAACACUCAGCAAAUAUCGUCAUGAUCACCAAACUUGAGGAGAAAUCCAGGAAUAAGUGUGAUCAGUACUGGCCCAGCAGAGGCUCAGAGACAUACGGACUCAUGCAGGUCUCUUUACUGGACACAGUGGAGCUUGCAACCUACUGCGUUAGGACUUUUGCUCUCUUUAAGAGUGGGAGUGGAGAGAAAAGGGAGGUUCGUCAGUUCCAGUUCACUGCAUGGCCAGAUCAGGGGGUACCUGAACAUCCCACUCCCUUCCUGGCCUUCCUGAGACGAGUCAAAGCCUGUAACCACCCUGAUGCCGGACCCAUUGUGGUUCACUGCAGUGCUGGUGUGGGUCGCACAGGCUGCUUCAUUGUGAUUGAUGCCAUGCUGGAGCGUUUGAAGCAGGAGAAGACGAUAGAUGUUUAUGGUCAUGUGAACCUGAUGCGAUCUCAGCGAAAUUACAUGGUGCAGACAGAGGAGCAGUACGUAUUUAUUUAUGAAGCGCUGCUGGAGGCUGUUUCCUGCGGCAACACCGAGGUGCCAGCGCGGAACCUUUAUGCAUACAUCCAGAGAUUAACUCAGACGGAGCCGCCAGAGCACAUCAGCGGAAUGGAGCAGGAGUUUAAACGAUUAGCUAAUGCUAAAGCACAUAACUCCAGAUUCGUCAGUGCCAGCCUCCCAUGCAAUAAGUUCAAAAACCGAUUGGUCAAUAUCAUGCCAUACGAGACCACACGCGUGUGUCUGCAGCCAAUCAGAGGAGUGGAGGGCUCAGAUUAUGUGAAUGGCAGUUUUAUAGAUGGCUACAGGCAGCAGAGUGCGUAUAUUGCGACUCAGGGGCCAUUGGCCGAGACAGUUGAAGAUUACUGGAGGAUGCUUUGGGAACACAAUUCUACUAUAGUAGUUAUGCUUACGAAACUCAGAGAAAUGGGAAGGGAGAAAUGUCAUCAGUACUGGCCAUCUGACAGGUCAGCACGCUAUCAGUACUUUGUGGUGGAUCCCAUGGCAGAGUACAACAUGCCACAGUAUAUUCUGAGAGAAUUUAAAGUCACGGAUGCAAGGGAUGGCCAAUCAAGAACGGUCCGGCAGUUUCAGUUCACUGAUUGGCCUGAGCAGGGCGUGCCAAAGUCUGGUGAGGGCUUCAUCGAUUUCAUUGGUCAAGUGCACAAAACAAAAGAGCAGUUUGGCCAGGAUGGUCCUAUCACAGUACACUGCAGCGCUGGUGUUGGGAGGACAGGUGUAUUUAUCACUCUGAGUAUAGUUUUGGAGAGGAUGCGUUAUGAGGGAGUAGUCGACAUCUUCCAAACGGUCAAAAUGUUGCGUACUCAAAGACCAGCCAUGGUGCAGACAGAGGAGCAGUAUCAGUUCUGCUAUCGAGCAGCGCUGGAGUACCUGGGCAGUUUUGAUCACUAUGCAACAUAAAAUCUUGCCCUGGACCAAGAGACACAUCCCCACCCCGAGACCUGCGUCUGAUCAAUCUGACAGCCUCUUUCUGUUGCCCACACUUCCAGAGUCUGUUUCAUUUCUCCAGACAGCACACAAUUUAUGAGUCAGACAGGGAGGGCAACUGGGACAAAGAAUUGUCACAAUAAAUUGUGGCUCCAGUCAAAUAGUUGUCAAGAAAUAUUUGAAGUGGAAUAAAAGUCCUCUUGCAUUACAACUAAUCGGUCAACAGAUCCCAAUGAAACUGCAUGAACUGAACCAUGUGUUGUCUGGAUUGAUUCAACCGACCAGUGCGAUUCACAGGGAGGAGACAACAAUCAAACUGUUUGAUUGUACUUGUUAAUUGUCAUAAUUUCUUUAACAGCAAACCCCAGCCAAAACACAAUUAUGUUUAUUUUGGGAUGCAGUCCAAGUUUAAAUUUAACAUUUCCACCGUUUUUAUGUGACCAGUUGUGUAGUGGAUCUACCAACUCACUUGUUUAAGUGAAGAAAAUUACUUAUAAGAUGGAGCAUCAAUCUAAGUAAUUGGUGCUUUUUCCAAACAGUACCCUGUUUGAUAUCUGUUGCACACACUUACACACACACAGAUAUAUACGUACAUUUCUAUCACAGAUUAGCAGAACCUGAAUAUGGAGUCUCAAAAACUGUGGAAUAUUUAAAUAUUUUUAAACCACUCAAGUAUUAGAAAUAUUCUCACUGUAAUUAUAUUGUCUCAUUAAUCCUAUGAAGUAUAUAAAAUAUAAAACAAAAUAUUAUUAUUAGCACAAAUAUAUGUAUAUAUAUUAUAUAUAUAUAUAUAUAUAUACACAUAUAUGUGUGCUAUGUGAGUGAGGUACUUGUCAGUGCACAUAAGUUAAGAAAAAGUACUGAUAGCAGUAGUUAACAGAGGAUUUUUUCUUUUCUUCUACUAAACAUUGUUACCAAAAUGAGAACUAUAAAAUGUUAAGCCUAAAUGGUAUCAAAUUCUUUCUAAAAAAUGAGGUGACAUGUUCAAAACAAUAACACAAAAGAUCAACACUGGUAGUGCCUUAUCAUAGUCACGUUCACCAUAAAAGUUAUAUGUUUCACAUAAAUGAUCAUGAACCUACUUUAAUGAAGAAAUAAAAUAAUAUAUAUAUAUAUAUAUAUAUUUAAUAAAACUUUGUUAAAUAUAAUUACAUCUGCCAGAAUACAGUUUUAAUUAAUAUUUAAUAUAUUUCACACCAAUUCUAAGCAUUAGGGCAGUUUUACCGAGCACUAUCAAGACUACUACAAAAUAUUAUUUAAAGCCAAUAUUGGUCCAUUUGUGAUAGGACACAAAGUAUAUUGUAUCGAGUAUAUUGGGCCAAGAGAACUUCACAUUCUAUUACAUAUACAGGCCUAUAUCAUUAUUAAUAUACAAUACCUUAUUUGCAUUUGAAAUUAUGAUUCAGUAUAGAACAGUCCAAUGCUGCAGGCAACUCUCAUUUGUAGCAAUGUCUACAUUCUUGUUUUUCAGGGAGUGUAUGAAAUUGAAACUCUUUAAAAAGUCAAUGUGAAGGCUAUGUGGGCAUCUUCACAUAUAUUUGAAGAUUCAAUUUUAGUGGGUAAUAUCAUUUAAAUUUAUUUAAUGUUUCACGUUAACAAGAGCAGAUUCUAGGUACUAUAAAGUACUAUAAGCUCUCAAGUAAUGGAGCUAAAUAAUUCAAACUUGAUUGAAAAGAAAAACUGCAAUUUUCACUGUAGUUUGCAAUAAACAUUGAUUCCCAGUACUUGAUUCAGAAAAGUCAAUGCAUGGCAAAUUAGACCUAUAACUUCGGCAACUAACCCAAAUACAUUGAUAUCAAAAAUUCCCCUGUUGUGUCUGUGUCUGCAUCAGUAUCAUCGACCAUGACACUCUGGUUAUGUUUUUUUGGACAUGACUGCACUCUUGUUCUAUGCACUUAAUAUUUCUUCAACAGAAUGUUAUUCGUGUUGAAUUAGAUACAUUUCACAGUGUUGCUCACAGUUUGCGUGUUAAAAAGACAAAUACGUUUGGUUUCAAAGCUUGAAAAGAAAAUAUGUGCAUAAUUUUAUUGGUGAAUACUUCACAGAUGACAGUAUAUAAUGAGUGGUUUUCCUGCUAGUCCAGUGUUGAGUAAUCAUCAUUCAAAAAUGAUAUCUAAGAAUUCCUAAGGAAGUCUGGUCACUGCGAAUUCAACUCAUUUCAGUUUCACUGUAACGCAACGUUUUGGCACCUUAUAAGGUUCCAUUAUUUUUUUUUUGCCAUUGUCCAUGCGAGCCAUUUUGUUGUCUUUUUAUUUAUUAUAAUUUUUGUUUUAAGCCAGGUUUUAAAAUAAUUUUAAGUAUACCUUGCAAAUAUCUUACACUAUCUACCUUCCCCAUAAUGUUACACAUUAGACAGCAUAUUAAUAUCAUGACCAAGUUUCAGGGUUUUUCAAACUUUUGAUUGAAAACUAGUUCUAGCUAUCCUUCAUUUUUUCAAGAGAAUAUCAAUUAGUGUUGUUUAAUGGAUCCUUCUCUGCUAAUCUCAGCAUCAGUUCACAUUUUAAAAAGUACAUAUAUUUUCCAGUGCAUGAUUGUCCCUAUUUGUACGAUGCAAAAGCACACAUUUUGAUGAAUCAUGACAACCGACAUUGUUUCAUGUGAAAAUUAAAUGGCACAAUCUAUAUAAUGUAAUCUGACCAAAUAUGCAUUGUAUCACAAUUUUCGUACUGUCUAGCGUCGCUGUAAGAGGUUUUUGCAAUUUCACUCAUCAAUUAAUGUGAAACACAAAAGGGAAAUCUUUUACCUCUGAUUUUGUAGUAAAUGUAAAUAUUUCAGAGGAUGUUUUCUUUUUUUAAUUUUCCUACGUUAUGUUGUGAGGACAGAUGUGUGAGAAUACAAUUGUAUUCAUGGAAAAGUUUUAUUUGUUACAAAUAAAAUGG